CUGGAGGGUAUCUGGUGUGGCUGUGGCUGCUCGCUUGCUAUGGGACAGUCUGUGUUUGGACUGGACGUCAGACUUCACUGGAUUUCAGCAAGCGUUGCUUGGAAGUGCCCUUGCAGUUGGUGAGGACUGAAACUUGGAGCACAGCGGAGAGAAGAGGGAGAAAGCUGGCUGUCUUCCUUAUUGGCCUGGGGAGCUGAAUCGUGGACAUGACCUUUCCCAAGCAUUCCAUCUUGCAGGCCCUGAGUGUGCUGGUCUUGGCCUGGGUGUUGGUCCGCUGCCAGGCCCCUGUAGAACCAGAGGAAGAGGAGGAGGAGGAAGAGCCAAUAGAGAAGACAGAUAUCUUAACGGCGGUGACGAAAGCCAAGUCGACUGUUUGUCCGCCAGAGUGCAGCUGUACGACAGAGGGGGCAGUGGAUUGUGCUGGAGUGGACCUCACCGAGUUCCCCAGUGAACUCUCUGAGAACACACGCCAGCUCUCUCUGCAGAACAAUCAAAUUGAGGAGGUAACAGUGGAGCACCUUGCCCGUCUGCCUCAGCUUGAGACUCUAAACCUUCAAAACAACUGGCUGACCACACAUGGCCUGGAAGACGAAGGGUUUGAAGUGCUUGAACAGCUGGCUUAUUUAUACUUGGCAAAUAAUAAGCUCACCUCAGCACCCAAACACUUACCACCCUCCUUGGUCAGUGCUGAUUUUGCUGCUAAUCAGCUUACAAGGAUCUUCCCGUACACAUUUGGCCACAAGCCCCAACUGAGGUCUGUGUAUCUCCAUAACAACAAGCUGACGGAUGCGGGGCUUCCAGACCACAUGUUCAACGCUUCAGACAACCUGGAGAUCCUCAUCAUGUCCAGCAACUUCCUGCGUCUUGUGCCCAGGAACCUGCCCUCCACCCUUCACCGCCUCCAUCUCAAGAGUAACAAGCUGGAGAAAAUUCCACCAGGCGCCUUUGACAACUUGUCAAACCUUAGAGAGCUGUACCUGCAGAACAACCUCCUCAGCAACGAGGGCAUGGACAAUGAGACCUUCAGUCAGCUGAGCAGCUUGGAGUGUCUGGACUUAUCAAACAACAACCUGAGCGUCGUCCCCAAGGGUCUUCCACGCAGUCUAGUGCUACUGCACCUGGAGAAGAACUCUAUCCGCAGCAUCCCAGGAGAUGCUCUUACGUCUGUCCGAAACCUCGAGUACCUGCUCCUCCACAACAACAAGCUCCGCUCGCGGUCCAUCCACCCUACUGCCUUCCAGGGCUUGAAGAAGCUGCACACUCUCCAUAUGUACAAUAAUCUGCUGGAGCGGGUUCCCAGAGGUCUGCCUCGCCGGGCCAAGACCCUUAUGUUGCUCCAUAACUCCAUCUCCGAAAUUGGCCGCAAUGACCUGGUCAUGCUCUACACCCUCACCGAGCUGAACCUCAGCUAUAACCGGCUGACAAGCUCAAAACUGCACCGUGAGGCCUUCAGGAAGCUGCGAGUGCUGGAAACCUUAGACCUGUCGGGGAACAGUCUUCACUCACUGCCCCUGGGCCUUCCCCGCAGCCUGCAAGUGCUGAAGAUCAAGGACAACCAGCUGAGCUCGAUACCCGAUGGCACGUUGACGGGCAUGCUAAAACUGCGAGAGAUCUACCUGAGCAACAACCAGCUGAAACUAAACUCCAUCUACCAGGGAGCCUGGCUGGAGCUCAGCGCGCUGACAACUCUUGACUUGUCUGGAAACCAGCUGUCACACAUCCCCUCUGACCUGCCGGAGUCUCUGGAGUACCUUUACCUGCAAAGUAAUCGCAUCAGCAGCGUCCCAGCUUCUGCAUUCGAAGGCACACCUAACAUCAAAGGCAUCUUCCUCCGGUCGAACCGCCUGUCUGUGGACUCUGUGGACGAGAGCUCUUUCGCUCACCUGACCAGCUUGCAAGUGCUGGACAUUGGCUCAGGCAGUGCUGACCUCCCCUUCAAAAGAGAGGAGAUGGUGGAAGGAGACAGGAUGAAGGAGAAGGAGCAGGAAGCAUAACUAAAAAUACGCUCACUGAAAUUGUCAUGGGACUGCAUCGUUGCAAGGACAGAAAGGCCUUUUUUAAUGGAGAUGAACCUGUGAAUGGCUGUGCGAGUCAUUUCCCAGGUGCAUGAUUGUAUUGAAAUGCAGAUUUAAGUAUUUCUGGUGCAGGAUGCCGGAUGAAGUUAUGUGUGUUUUCAUAUUUUGAUGGGGGGGAUGGUCAGCACUGCCACUGCAUAUCUCUAUAUUUGAGCUUUAAUAUUUGUUCCUGUCCAUUCUUAUGUAACAUCUCAUCAUCUAAAGAGUAUAUUUGUGCUUGACUCUAUAAAAUACCUUCACAAAAUCAAUAUGAAAUGUCCAUAAGAGAUUCAAGGCUUGCACUCAUUUGAACAAUAUUUCAACAGAGUAAAAAAAAAGAAAGACAAUACGUUGCUUUAUAUCAUGCUGUGUGCGUCUUUCUGUACUUGGCUUUGAGUCACCUUAAUGGCAGGCUUGUCAUUCUGGCUUAAAGACCAAUUUUACUAGAAAUACUGUGAAACAAUUUGUGUUUUUAUGCUAUUUUGAGACCAGCGUGAGCAAAGUGAAGUACCUGACUCAUCACAGCAGUCAAACUGUUGAAGCCAUUCAGAAAACCUUACAAAUGUGACAGUGAAUACACAGCCAGUGAGGUGUCCCAGUGGUUGAUAAUAUUAUUGGGAUAGCAAUGAAUUGUCUAUGAUGUGGAGAAUUGUGGAUAUCAUUGUUGUCAUGCUAUUCCUCUACCGUGUGCUUGUGAAUGAAAUAUUCCAAUGCAUAAAAGCAAUUCAAAACGUGUCUGGAGGUUUGAUCCAUGCUGCUACUGCCUCUCUUUAGUCCACUCUUGUUUUAUAAAAUAAAGGUAGCAAAUAUUUUUAUAUGACAUCUAAAAUGCUCUUGCUAUUACACUCACUGUAUUGCUAUAAAUGCAGUGUCACUUUUCACAAGCAGCGUUAUUGUGCUUUCACAUUUACAUUCAUCACACACAGCAAUAAAUUAUUUGAAAAAA